AUGCAAGAGAAAAGGAAAACGGAUAUGGUAAGGAGAUGAAGUUGGAGUGGUUGAGAUUCGGAGGCCCAGGCAAAUGGCGCAGUUUUUCUCGGAGGACAGAGAGAAAGAGGGCGUGGCGUCGUGGAGAGAGUGGGAGGGGCGUCGGCGGAGCGUCAGCCAAUCGCCGACCUCGUCUCAAGACACUCGUCGUCUUUCUGUACUUCUCGAGGCGGGAAAACCACCGUCUCGAGGUUGCAGGAAGAGGAGAGGCUGAAGAAGUAGGAGCGCGGCAGAGAAAAUAAGAAAAAGAUCAUGGAGCCGAGAUAAGUGUAUGAUAAAUCGUUGAGAGAUAAGAGAAGUCGAAAAUAUUUCAGAGUCAACCAAUUCAUUGAAGAUAUGAAGCGUGAAGACAAAAGGUAUUUCCAGAGCUCAAUUUGAGACAGGAAAUUGAGUGCGCAGGUUCAAUCCCCCAUCCUCUGCCCUCAAUUCUUCGCUUUCUCUCUUUUAUUUGCCGUUGUUCCCACCGAAGUGAAGUCGAAAAAUCGUAUGUUGUGAAGCUUCAAGAACCAAAUCUCCAAAUAGGAUCAAAGUGAUCAUACAACUAAAAAAGGAACGCAUUGAAUUAUUUGUUUGGAAACACACAUCGUAGUAUUUCUGCAGCGAUUUAAUCGAUAUUUCCGAUGAGAAAGAGGGAAAAAAAACUGCGAUUUGUACAGGUAAAAGAGCGAUUCGUCUGAGUGUGCUGCGAAAAAGGAUUUCUCAUUUAGAAAUGAAAUAUCAAUCUGCGAAGAGGUUUGGCGAGCCUGAGUACUGCAGAAAAGUUCAAUUGAUUCAAAAAAGGGCUAGGCUGUACAUUGAGAUGAGAUUAGGUCUAGGAGAUGAAAAGGUAUUGAAUAUGUGUACUUUUUUCUCCGAUAAUGUAUGCGAAACUUCGUCCUGAAUCAUAAUCUACAUUAUUGCAUCUGAGAAAUGGAAUCAGAGGAUCCGACGGACCAACCGACACUUGGAAGACCAACAGUUUGAUGGGAGCUUUGUUUUUGCUCAAGACAAUGAGAGGGCGGCUUUUGUGGUGGCACGUCUGGAAGCGAAGGAGGACAAGAGGCGGCACCGUGUGGAAAUUAGGCCUGAUUGGAGUAGGCGGCCGGACGAGCAGCAAUUUGCCUCAGCGACAGAGCACAUUUUGCCGGUUGACGGGACCGGAGGAGCUGCACAGGUUGGAGGUGCACAGGUGCCCACAUUAAACCUACCAUUCAAGGACAUUUUUCUUGUCGGUUCGCGCGCCGCUCCAUUGUUGUCCCAAUUACUGUUAGCAUGGGCUUUUUGUGUUCAGCCGCCUCGAGAAAUCCAAAUGAAAUGGCUGGAAGAAAUGAAAAAUUGCGUUUGUGACCUCCAGCAAGGAAUUAUGAAAAGGCAAGGUUUUCAAUGAAUUAUUCCCCUUGAAACUGUCAAAAUAAAGGCCUCUAAACUUUUUAAAAAAAUUAACGUGUUUUUCUUCUUUAAAAUCACCCUCUUGAAAGUUACUAACAAUUAGGUUACAAGGCUAUUAGAGUACGUAAAAUCAGAUUCGAUGUUUGAGCAGAAUGACGAGCAAUAGAACUAUUUCUCUAAAAUGAAGCUCAACGGUGAUUUACAAAUAAAACUUGAAAAAAACUUCCGAAACGAAUUGGAGAAAAAGACUGCGUAUGACGAGAAUACUACCAAACGGGCAAAAAAAAAGUAAGAAUUCAAAAAAAAGUUAUUGCCUAGGCUUUUUGCCUAUAAAAUUAAAAAAGGCAUCAAUUCUUCAUUAUAAAAUCGAAAAAAAUUACGACAUCAAGCUAUUAGAAGAUCAUUGGUUGUGUUUUUUCUAUGAACAAUUUUUCUACAUUUCAAACGUCACACAGUUUGUCGACGGCUUUUUAUUUGAGCACCAUUUUUCCCAAACAAAUUUCCACUAUGAACACCGUUUCUGACGUGGGCGGACCGAGAAAGAGAUAGAAAUCGUGACUCGAUGCCUUUUCGAUCAUGAAACAGAUCAAAAACUCUUCAAUCAACUGAAAUAAUAGGAAAAGAGUUUGAAAAGCUGAGUAGAGAUCGAGCGAAACGGAGCAUCUGGACGGAGAGCGGAUCUGCUCCAGCCGAAAAUCUCAGCGGGGGCUUUUUCCGCUUCCCCUUGAUUAUAUAUACCUGCCCUUCAAUAAGGAAAUUAAGCUUCUGAGGACCUCUCAUCUCGAAUAUGGGGCCUCCGAUAUCUUAUAAAUGCUCUACGUUCAUACCUUACUGAGUUUAUCAGUCGGUUUCUGAAGGAGCUUGUAGAAUAGAUGCGAGUAUUACCCCAAGGAAGAAAAAUAAAUAAAGUAAUAGACUGAAUAACAAAAAAAGGAGUUCUAAAAAAACGGGGGUUAAAUUCUCCAGCUCUUCCAAUUGACACUGGUCAAUCGGCGUAUCCACACAAUGUUUAUACAAAGUUCCAGUUUGAAUCCAAUCGGCGAGUGUAUUUCAUUGAUCAAUUAGUUUUGUGAUUCUUGAUUUAAUCGCGGUUUGUUUCACAUCUUCGGAAAUCGACAAGGAAAGGCAAGACUUUACAAACUUUUUUUUUUCGAAAAAUUUUAAAUUAUUAAAAAUAAUUUAGAGAAAAUUUUUUUUUAGCUUGAGAAGUUUUUGCAGAAGUUUUGGAUUAUCGAGGAAUCAAAGCUGUGAAUGCUUCCAAUUUUUCAAGAUGGAACAAUUUUCAAACAACAGGUUAGCUUAAACUUUUUUCUUGAAUACUGGAACCAAGGCAAAGAUGCUAACCAGAUUUGAAGUUCUGGGUUUUGUUUGAGGUCAAUAUAAACUGAUAUGCUCCCAAUGAGUUCGGCAGACUUCGAAAUGAGAAAAAAAGAGAUUUGCUUUGGGUAUCCAAUGGAUGAGCAUGAGAGUUUACACAAACUCCGCGGUGACCUUAGAAUGGCCGAAUGGAAACCGGAGCCGCGACGCGAUACAAACAAUUGCGCAGCGGUAUAAACCGUCGUCGGUGGCUCGGUUGGCACUUACAGACAAACGGACGAGCUCUUUCGCCACCUGUUGCAUGCAGUGAGUCAACAAGGAGAAGCCCGAUCUAAUUGCUCACGCAGGUGCCCAAAAGGCUCCCCAUUUAAUCGCUUCUCCCGUUUUGUCUCCUUCCUAA